CGCACCGUUGCCUCAAGUGUUUAACUUUGGGUCAACCUAUAUCAUGCAAACCUAUUAUCAAAAACAUUCGAACCUUGGCCGUCCCGUCUUUAUUUGUUUAUUUUAAAGACAUUAGACAUUUUUUAUAUAGAGCAACGUAAUGUAAAUUUGUUUUGUUUUAAGAAGGCAGGGUGUAUAUUGUUAGGGCAAUUUAGCUACCAUAUCUAGCAGAUUGAAUAAUGACGAAGAGACCCUUUCGGUAGCUGACUGAGCAGUCGGUGCUCGUUUAUAAGACGGUACAUCUACUCUACCCUGAAAUGAGAAGAUCUAUUGUCCAGUUGGUGGCCAAGAAAUGGCACCAAACUUUCUCUACAUAUGCCCAGGAGCAGUGUGCUGCCGUCCAACAGAGCCUAAAUUUUGUGAAUGGGGCCAGGGUUGAGCCAAAAGGUCAAGACAAAGAAACUCUGCCAUUGGUCAUACCUUCAACCGGUGAAGUUCUGCGGACUUUCCAUUCAUCUGGUGCUGAAGAUGUGGAUGAUGCAGUGAACAGUGCCAGGUCUGCUGCUCAACAUUGGUCUCAACUCUCUGGUUUUGAACGUGGAAAAAUAUUGCGCAAAGCUGCUCUGUUGCUAAAGGAAAGACGAGAGGAUUUUUCUCAAAUUGAAGUUUUGGAUUCUGGUAAACCUAUAUGGGAAGCACGUGCCGAUGUUGAUGGCUGUAUUGAUUGUCUGGAGUAUUUUGGGGGUCUGGCAGCAAACCUCGCAGGAGAACAUCUGAUUUUACCUGGAGGCAGUUUCAACUAUACCCGUCGUGAGCCUCUUGGUGUGGUUGGAGCUAUUGGUGCAUGGAAUUACCCAAUUCAAAUGGCUUCUUGGAAGUCAGCACCAGCUUUAGCUUGUGGUAAUGCCAUGGUUUUCAAGCCAUCUCCUUUAACCCCGAUUUCUGCAGUGAUGCUUGGUGAAGUGUAUACUGAGGCAGGUGUACCUGCUGGAUGUUACAAUGUUAUACAGGGUGCAACAGCAACUGGUCAGUUACUCAGUAACCAUAGCAACAUUGACAAGAUGACUUUUACUGGUAGUGUACCAACUGGAACGAAAAUCAUGGAGGCCUGUGCAAAGGGAAUAAAACACGUGACCCUGGAGUUAGGAGGUAAAUCUCCAAUGAUUGUCUUUGCCAACAGUGAUUUAGAAUCUGCAGUGAAUGGCGCUAUUUUGGCCAAUUUCCUGAAUGCUGGGCAGGUCUGUUCCAAUGGAACCAGGGUGUUUGUGGAAAAGCUGAUUGCUGAGAAAUUUUUGGAAAAGCUGAUUGCAAAGACAAGUAAAAUGAAAGCUGGAGACCCCAUGAUGGAAGACACAACUAUUGGUGCCAUGAUUAGCAAAGAACAGGCUGAGAAAACCUUACACUUUAUAGAAAUAGCCAAAAAGGAGGGUGCCACAGUAGCAUAUGGUGGAGGCAGAAUUAUUCUAGAGGACCCAAAAUUUCAAGGGGGUAACUUCAUCAAACCCUGCAUACUAACAAACCUCAGAGACGACAUGACUGUAGUCAAAGAAGAAGUGUUUGGUGCCGUUUUAUCGUUAUUGGUCUUUGACUCGGAAGAAGAAGUUGUCAGCCGAGCCAACGAUAGCUGUUUUGGUCUAGCAGGAGGAGUUUUUACAAAAGACUUACAGCAAGCUCACCGUGUUGCUGGUAAUUUACAAACUGGCAGUAUCUAUGUUAACAAUUACAAUGUAUUUGCUAUUGGUAUGCCAUUUGGUGGUUAUAAGAUGUCUGGAAUCGGUCAUGAGAAUGCUGCUGUUACCAUGAACUACUACACUCACCUUAAAUCAGUGUAUAUCGAGAUGGCUGAGCAAUUAGAAUCUCCUGUAUAAGACACAGCAUGACUAAAUGGCUUAAAAAUGAAUGAAACCGGUAGCUUAUUUUGAUAAAGAUAAACAGUGAAGGAUGUCCAAGAAUACUAAGUUGUCCACAGUUGCCAGUAUGGAAGACAGACAACAAACGAUUACAAAGAAUCAUAAAAAAAAAAAAAUUGUAAUUUAAUGAAAUAAAUAUUUUUAUAAAUAUUAAA